AUGGAGCGACGAGGGGACGUGCCUCCGCGCCUGUCGCUCGGCACGCCGUUCCGGCGGAAAGAGCGCAGCGGCUUGCGAGAAGAAGCAAGCACACGCACCUCGGAGGACGCGGCAGUGCGUGCCACCGAUGCCGAUGCCCUGCUUUCUCGGCUAUCGGCGGUAAACGCUGGCUACCUCGACCCUGAUCCGUACGUUGCGCUGCUCGCACAAGGCUUUGACACAAAUGUGCGGCGCCCACUGCUGAUCAAUAUCGGUACAGCACUACGAAGCCACCAAGUCGAUGCACGGGUAAGCAAUUUUCUUCGCACAGGCAGCAUUACGGGCCCGCCGAUGGCCUCGACGCACACCGCAUUUCAGAUUGUAAGUUUGGGCGCAGGCAGCGAUACACGCUUCUGGCGUAUGGGAGAUGUAUCGAUGCAUCCAGAUGCGCUCUGGAGCCGUGUGUCGCACUAUAUUGAAAUCGACUACCCUGAAAUCGCAUCGCACAAGGUGCACAGCAUUCAUACCCAGCCGAUGCUGCACACCGCAUUGCAAGAGAUUGUAUUGGAAGAACAUGGGCUUGCGUCUGCGCGGUACACGCUGCUUGGAGAGGAAUUGAGUGCGCUAGUGCCGCCGGAAGGAAGCGGCUCGACCCGUGCACUGGACAGCCUGUUUGCCAAACUCGACCCAUCCUUGCCCACCUUGCUGCUUUGGGAAUGCGUGCUGGCGUACUUGGAGCCAUGCACAGCGAACCGAAUUCUCACCACCUUGUGUGCACGGCUGCCAAACGUGGCAAUCGUCAGCUACGACAUGUGUGUUGCAGGCGAUACCCAUGCACCCAACGCCCCGCCGGAUCGAUUCGGCAAGGUGAUGCUGCAAAAUCUCGCCGCGCGAAAUUUGGGACUCGCCGGCGCGCGUGCAUACACAACGCCUGAAGCGUACAAGCAUCGCUUCCACACGCUCCUUUCGAGCACCGCCGGCGCGCACGGUCCAUGUGAAAUGCGCAGCGAGGCGUAUACGCUGCAGCAUGCAUGGCGUACUUUGCCUCGUGCUGAGCAAGAGCGCUUGUCGCGUUUAGAGGGAUUGGACGAGGUCGAAGAGCUAGAGAUGCUUUUGGGACAUUACUGUAUGUGUUUUGCGCAGCGUAGCGCGUGCGACUAG